AUAGGAAGAUAUAAGCGUAAACAAUUUUCUGAUGGUUGUGACAAAAGGAAUUUUUAAAUGAGAAAGUCGAAAUUACAUGUCGCUCGACUUAUUAAACUACUUUAGGGAUAAAUGAAUAUUAAAAGGGGUUUACAAAGGGAAGUUAGAGAUUGCGAACAAGAAGGAUAAAAUUUAAAUGUCUGGCAGGAAUGUAAAAAAUUUGCCAGGACAGUGAUCUGAAAAAGGAAGAAUGCGAGAAGCUUAAACACUCAGGCUGUGAAAGGUAAAUUCCGAAAUUCGCCGGGGAUUGAGAUAAAAGGAGUGACACCGAAAAGCCCGUUGAUCCGAAGUUCGCCAAUUGAUACGGGGAUCCUGACAAAAGGAAAGUCGAUCGUCGAGCUAAACAAUUUUCGAAGUUUAAUAUUCAAUGGGGACAAAAAGCCAGGGAAGAAAGUUUCACGAUAAGAAAAAGAGGCAACGAUUUUACAGAUUUUAACCUGAACACGACGUGUGUAAGUUGCCAGAAGAUUAUCCGUGGCUUCGGAAAAAUUUAGAAGCCAGAAAAAAAAUAUUAUCUGACUUAAGCCGCGUGGAAUCCAUGGGAAAAGGAACGAGUUUUGCGGGAUCUCCGGAACAAAAGGACGCACAAGUUUUAGGAUAGAGUCCGGAAGAAGCCGUGGAAUUUCUGGCUACAGCUGGGAAACCGUGAAAUUCCCAGGAAAAAGCCGCGACGUAACAAGUUCACCCGGUGCCGUUGCCAAAAUACUCUGCGCGAGCGACGGAACAAUAUCAGGAAGCGUGGCAAUUUCACCCCUCUUCCUCGGAACGCAAGAAACGCGAAUCAAAUUCUCGUGAACUGCCUGGGACGGAGAACGCGAAUUAAAUCUUCGUGGGUAAAAACAGUGUGGCUCGCUACGUCAGAGAACAGAUAAUUCCCUCGGCGAAAAUCUAAUUACGAUAAAAAAGAAGCUACCAAAGAGAAUUCAGAGUGUGCGCAAGAAAUCGUACGUAGCCUUUAACAACUGCUACAGCGACGGUAUUAAUUUUAAGGGGUCGAAGAACAAAUUUUGCCAAACAGGAACGCAGAUUUUCGUUCGUAGAAUUCGACUUUAGGAAGAAACACAUUCGGAAUACAUUUGGUAGAAAACUUUGCCGGUCAAUGGAGAUGCUCGAGGGAUGAAGGCGGAACGGAGUGGACAGUGGAACGAGCGCAGCGUCAGCGCGAGGGGACGACGAUUUUCACGAUGCAGUAAAGUCGAGACACGUCGUGGGCACCAAAUUUGCUCCCGAGACGGACGAUGAACGAGCCCGGUCGUAAGACCGAGUGAAUCGGAAGUGGACGUUCGCUGGACGAAGAAGAAAGAGAAAAGAAAAUUGUCAGGGGACACUACUACAUGAGAUUGAAGUGAAAUCUUGUUGAAACGUUCGAGGCGUGGGAAAGUCGAUUUGAAGAAGGGACGGUUUGCAGACCCAGGUGGGGUUUGGUCGGACUCGAAUUAACCGAAGCGGUGAGGACCCGAGACCGGAAGAGUCAGUGAAAUAAUUGGGCCGGAGGUGUGGGCUCGGAGGGAAAAGUCGGCGGGGGGUGUCGGGGAUAGAAUUUCAAUUAGAGGGGCAGGGGCUGGCCGUUCGUCAAAGCUGGCGACGAAACUUCUUCACCUCGACUUCUUUCUCUCUUACCCCGCAUAAUCUGGAACCUGAGAACUUGAGUGCAUUAGACGAGCUAACUCGUGAAUAGCAAUUUGUUCGUGUUGAAAACUUAAACGAAUGUCUCCGCGCGUGAUUAUAGUCGCGUCUUGCGUGAACAACGGUCACUGUGUGUGUAAUAUUGAAAACAAGUGUCACAGGGUGAAUAAAGUGUAGAACAUAAUAGGAGAGACCAAGCUUUUAAAAGAGAUUCUAUAAAAUUGCGGGAGCGCCGUUGAACAAUUUAAACUAGUAAGAAGAAAACGAAAGUGAGAGAGUGAGUUAACAAAAGGGAUAAUAUCGUUUUGAUCACUGUUUAAAUAAGAUAAUUUGUCCGGUGCGAGAAAAAAAAAUAAGUGUACGGGGAGAGGAGUCGAGUGACUCUUGGACGUCGGCGAAGCGGUUCCAUUAGCGGAAUUCCCCGGUCGAAAGAAGCAGGGUAAUUAAAUUGAUCGAUCCGAGGGGUAAUCCUGCAGGCGGCAACGGACUUGAUCCGUUUAACGAACUGCAACGAGGACGAGGGAUGCGCGCGAAAUUAGUCGGCCGACGAGUAGGACGAAGCGAAACAAUAGAGAAAAUCAGACGGCGGGCGUUCGAAGAACCAAGGGAAAACUGCGAAAUUGUCGAAGUGGUAGGGGUCGAAAUUGGGUUAAAAGCAAGUUUUAGUCGCGAACGAUGAUGUUUGUCAAGUGUUGAAUAGCAAAUCCUGCAGCUGAAAACAGUUUCAACCGUUCUCCCUUGAGACAGUGUUGAAAAGUGCUGGAAUAAUCGCAGCAAUAGCUUUACCAUUAUUAUCGUAGGAAAUUAAACGCGCACAAGCCUAACGUAUGUAAUUGAAUGAGUGGGACGAAGAAUCAUAGAAAAACGAGUUUGCCGAUGAAGGAAAGAAUAAGAGGAGGAUGUUAACAUUUAGGUAACUGUUCACAUGACAGCAAGAAAGUAUCUCCUCAGUGCUGAGAAAUAUAAAAAAGAACGAAGUUUAAAGAUCUCAUUGUUUCUCCAUAUUUAAUGAUCGCAUUUUUCCAAAUCGUUGCUAUAUUAAUCUAUUAUUCAAUAAAUGAAAUCAAACCAAAGAAGAGCCUUCCAAAACUUAUAAUAGUCAACCCUCGAGUGAGAACCACGUCCACACCGAAAAGAAUAAAACUGACAAAGGUCAGCCGCAAUACUAAAAGAACUGUGACGAUCGUAAAAAAGCAUAAGGAUCCAGCGACCUUGGGCCGUGAAUUAUGACAUCUGUAGCGGGCGAUCGGUGAUCUAUCGAUCGUUGGUUCGUUUCGCGAUGGAGCUUUCUUGGCGUUGUUCCAUCGACGCGGCUACAGCGGCGUACGUCGAGAGCCCGGGCUCGGGUUCGGGGCUUUAUUCGGCCGGAAGUGGUCCGUCGUGGUUCGAGAGGACGCGGGGCAGAGGCGCCAUAGCAUAAACUGAAACUAAAAUGCGAGAACUGAACGCGACCGCAUGCGCUGCCCUGUACGAUCGCGUCGAGUGGUCCGGCCCGUGGAUCCUUGCUACACUGAUCGUUCUAGCGAUCGUGAACGUGAUGGUGGUUCUGGGCAACGUGCUCGUGAUUAUGGCCGUCUAUCAUACAAGCAAGCUGCGCAACGUCACGAAUAUGUUCAUCGUUAGCCUCGCUGUGGCUGAUCUGAUGGUCGGCCUAGCGGUGCUUCCAUUUAGCGCCAUGUGGGAAGUCUUCAAGGUCUGGAUAUUCGGUGAUCUAUGGUGUUCCAUUUGGCUGGCGGUGGACGUAUGGAUGUGCACAGCUUCGAUAUUGAAUCUGUGUGCCAUCAGCCUCGACAGAUACUUAGCGGUAACCAGGCCAGUCAGUUAUCCCCAGAUCAUGUCACCGAAAAGGGCGAGAUUGCUGGUGGCAACUGUGUGGAUCUUGAGCCAACCUUUUUGCUUUCAUCCCCGUCGACGACGCGAAAUGAAAAACUUGCAAUUUUCCAGCGCGCUCGGUUCCUUCUAUAUACCGAUGUUGGUCAUGCUGUUUUUCUACUGGAGAAUCUACAACGCGGCGGUCUCGACUACGAAGGCCAUUAAUCAAGGCUUUCGCACGACAAAGGGCUCGAAAAUGCUCGGCUCCAGAUUCGACGAACAGAGGUUAACGUUGAGGAUCCACAGAGGACGGGGAAGCGUGCAUAAUGGUAGCAACAACGGGAGCCCGAGGAGCCCGGAGUCGAAUAGUCGGAAUUCGGUGAAAAGGGAGAAGAAGAUCAAGAUCUCGGUGUCGUAUCCGAGCACGGAGACGCUGAAUACGAAGUGCAACACCCUCGAGAGAACGCCCUCGAGGUGUUCGCAGACCUCGGUGCACUAUAGCAACGGGCAGACGCACAGCCAAUUGUGUCCGACUCCCAAGAGCACGCACCUCAAGGUGAGCGGCAUAAACAGGGUUGGCAGCACCAGGAGGCCCAGCAGACGCAGUAGCUGCGAGAGUCAGAUGAUGGGCGACGAAGUCUCGUUGCAAGAGCUCACCCAAGGCAGCGAGGACAAGCCCAGGGUGACCAAAAUGGGCAAGAGGAAUAUCAAAGCUCAGGUGAAGAGAUUUCGAAUGGAGACGAAAGCGGCGAAGACGCUGGGCAUCAUCGUCGGUGGUUUCAUCCUCUGCUGGCUCCCGUUCUUCACGAUGUACCUGGUGCGCGCCUUCUGCGCGAACUGUAUUCACCCCACCGUGUUUAGCGUGCUGUUCUGGCUAGGCUACUGCAACUCCGCCAUAAAUCCGUGCAUCUACGCGUUGUUCAGCAAGGACUUCCGGUUCGCGUUCAAGAGAAUCAUCUGCAAGUGCUUCUGCAAGCGGCGAGCGAAUACUUUGAGGCGUGGCAGCGAUGGAAGCCAAUUGGCGAUGAGAAACGACCGGAGUCCCAGCUACUCGAUUCAGGUGCCUCAGCAGGGUGCGUCGAUCGACGACUCGGAUCACGACCCCAGCUCCGAUCCGACGGUGCACUCGCAGAGCGAGUCGAGAUGACUGUAGCGCGGCGGGUGUGGCGCGCAGCGCGUCACCUUCGACCCGAGGACCUCCAAAGUGAGGAUCCAGUCCUUCUGAAGAACCUCGGGAACGAUCGAGCACGGUUUCGAUCGUUCCCCAUCUCAAAGUCGGAUCUCGAUCCGAGCCGAGGAUUCGCGGCAAAACAGUCGAGCUUCAUAUCGGUGUCUUACCUCGUUCCGUUAGCGAAAUCGCGAAUCCGAAACGUUCCACGAAACGAAUUCGCUCAAACUAGUCGUAGCUCGAGACUGAUGUAUGGGAAUGAACGAACUGAUCCGGUGUGACAUCGUAGAGAUGAAUCUUGAGCCAUUCAAGGAUGUUGAAGUUCCGCUAAGAUUAGUUAGAAUAAUCGCAAAAAUUCAACCGCGAAGUACGAGAGAUUGACAAAUGAAUGAGAGAGAGAGAGAGAGAGAGAGAGAGAGAGAUUAAGAACGCGAGAUUAAUGAACGUAAAUACGUGUCGAUAUCUACAGCAUAUGUGUACCGCAACCUAUGUUAAAGAAGCAGGUUUGGUUAAAUCUUUCGUGACCAACGUACGUUAGUUGGCCACGGUUCUAAACUCCUUCUGGCCUCUCGCAAGCGAAACCGCCACAUCGUUGCCGCCAUACACAUUGUUUCCGUAGAUUUUUUACCGUUCCUCGUUGGUUAUUUGUGAUAUAAUAGCGUUUAAAAACGGCAGCUUUCUGCCGAGCCACGCGACGCAUGGGCAUGUCGCGGAGGCUGCUUCGAAAAAUCAUAGAUCGCCGAUUAGAUAAGAGAAGACUGCCCCGGGAACACGACGAAAGAAAUGGGAGAAAUGAGAAAUUUCAAAAUGAUACCGGUGUGUCGAUUCGUUUAAAAAAAAUCAUAGAUCGGUGGUUAACAUCGCGAAACUGCCUCGGAAACUAUGAAAAAGAAUAAGGCACACUCGGGGAACGUCCUGCAACAGGUGUAACGAAGCAUAGUAACGAGCCACGGAAUCGUACGAACGUAAGUGUUGUUAUAUUAAUGCAAUUUAUGAGACGACGGAGACUCGUGUCAGGACAUUUUGCGAGGGCUCCGUUUUUCGUACGUCGUACGUCGAGGCAGGGGGACAGAGCCCGAGAAAAUCGGCGAGGUUCAUUGUAUUAUGUGAUAUACCGUCUACAAUACGUAACGAAACGAAUGCAAAAAUAAAUAUUGCGAAUAAAUCCAUGAUCGUUGA